AUGGCACCCUUAGCUUAUCGCUUUGUGAGAUUUUUGUUUAAAAUUUUGGCAAAUGCAUUUUACGCAAUUGAAGUAGAGGGAUUAGAAUAUAUACCUCCAGAUGGAUGUCCAACUAUCCUCUGCCCAAAUCAUGCAAAUUCUUUGACCGAUCCUAUUUGUCUUUUAGCCGCUAUACCAAAAGACAAACGAGAUAUGGUUCGACUGACUGCAAAAGAUACAUUUUGGUAUAAAACGGAUAUGUUUAGUAUACUGAUCAGAAGUUUAGGCACAGUACCUAUUAAACGAACUAAGGAUUAUAAUUUUGCUAAAGUUGAUAAUUCGGAAUCAUUUGAAAUACUAAUAGGGUGUUUAGAACAAGGUGAUUGUAUUUGCAUGUUUCCGGAAGGAAUUAGUCGAUAUCAUAGCAAGGUGGCACCCUUUAAACCUGGUGUAGCAUUGAUUGCUAGUGAGACUUUGACUCGUAACAAAGAUCAACCAGACUUUUCAAUUAACUUAUUGACAGCUUCAUUAGUAUACAUUCGUCGCGAAAAAUUUCGAUCGAAUGUUUUGGUUAAAUUUAAUCCACCGAUUGUUCUUACACCACAACAUCAAGCCCUUCUGAAAACCAUUACUUCAGAUGGUAAAAAACGAACCAGUGAGCAAGCCAUAAAUGAAUUGACAUCUGUCAUGGAGGAAACGGUUCGCUCAAACACCCUUGAUUCUCCUGACUGGCAAACUUUAAGGAUAGCACAUACCGCGCGAAAAUUGUAUGCGGGUGAUCUUGGUACUCGAAUAUCUUUAGCGGAGUAUGUUCGUUUAACGAAAAAAUUCAUCGAUGCACUCGCAAAAACAAGUGAAGAAUCCAGUGGAGAAGGUCAAUUCAACGGAAGUAAUGAAAUUGAUGAUGAAAAUAAGGAAAUUAUUGUUGAACGCGUUGAUAGCAAUGUUUUGCAUGUGGAUGAUCCAGCACUCAAAGAAAAGAUUACACAUCAGGGUGUUGACAUUAAUAUUUUAUCGAGAGAUUUGACUGCAUAUCAAGACCUUCUUGAUUCACACGGAAUAAAAGACUAUCGGUUCAGUCGUGCUAUUCCACUGUCAAAACUUGAGCUUAUUGGGCGUAUAUUUAUACGAGUAAUUUGGGCUUCAAUUCUUGCCACUAUCUCUUCAGUAGGAAUAAUACUUUGGCUACCUAUAUUUACAUGCGUAAAGUACAAAGAAUAUCAGAUUCGUAAACUGCCCAAGGAAGAUAAUUAUGAUGAAAUAACCCAAUAUAAAUUGCUUAUUGCUACAAUAUUAAUUGUCCCAAUUUAUACAAUCGCAGUAUUCUUAACACUACCAUUCGCAUUUAUAACUUCAUGGUUAAUCCCUCUAUUAAUGUGGUUAACCAUUCGUUGGACAGAAGAUUUAUUUCAAGCUGCAAGAUCUUCCCUCUCUCUCACAAAAUUACUUUUACUUCCCAAAGAAGAAUAUGACCAUAUCAAAAGUAUACGUGAAAAUAUUAGGGUGAAAGUACAAAAUUUGGCGGUGAAUGAACUUGGCCUUCCAGAAAAUCCGGAAGUAUUGGUUAAUAAAUCAAGACCGAGAGGAAUGGGAUAUUUUUCGAUCAGAAAGAGAAGAAAGAAAGAUUACAAUGAAGUUUUAAGGCUUUGGGAUGUGUCAGGAUAUGAUUAA